UCCGGUCGGAGGCCUAUGCUGAGCGCCCCGCGUCCCGGGGGCGGCGGAGGCGGCUGGGGGGAUCCGGAAGUCGACACCAUGUCGAGUCUGCACAAGAGCCGGAUUGCGGAUUUCCAGGAUGUCCUGAAGGAGCCCACCAUCGCCUUGGAAAAGCUUCGGGAACUCAGUUUUAGUGGCAUCCCCUGUGAGGGCGGACUUCGGUGCCUCUGCUGGAAGAUUCUCUUAAACUACCUCCCGUUGGAGCGAGCCUCAUGGACCGCCAUCCUGGCCAAGCAGAGGGAGCUGUAUUCCCAGUUCCUGAGGGAAAUGAUUAUCCAACCCGGCAUUGCCAAGGCCAACAUGGGUGUGUCCAGAGAGGAUGUGACCUUUGAGGACCAUCCACUCAACCCCAACCCCGACAGCCGCUGGAACACGUACUUCAAGGACAACGAGGUGCUGUUGCAGAUCGACAAAGACGUCCGGAGGUUGUGCCCAGACAUAUCCUUCUUCCAGAGGGCCACCGAGUACCCGUGCCUCCUCAUCCUGGACCCCCAGAACGACUUUGAGACCCUUCGUAAGCGGGUGGAACAGACGACGCUGAAAUCCCAGACAGUGGCCCGGAACCGGAGCGGGGUCACAAAUAUGAGCUCCCCACACAAGCACUCAACGCCGUCAUCCCUGAAUGAGUACGAGGUGCUGCCCAACGGCUGUGAGGCCCACUGGGAGGUGGUGGAGCGGAUCCUGUUCAUCUAUGCCAAGCUCAACCCUGGCAUCGCUUACGUGCAGGGCAUGAACGAGAUCGUGGGGCCCCUCUACUAUACCUUUGCCACCGACCCCAACAACGAGUGGAAAGAGCACGCCGAGGCAGACACCUUCUUUUGCUUCACCAACCUCAUGGCCGAGAUACGGGACAACUUCAUCAAGAGCCUGGACGACUCACAAUGUGGCAUCACCUACAAGAUGGAAAAGGUCUACUCCACCUUGAAGGAUAAGGAUGUGGAGCUCUACCUGAAAUUGCAAGAGCAGAACAUCAAGCCCCAGUUCUUCGCCUUCCGCUGGCUGACGCUGCUGCUGUCCCAGGAGUUCUUGCUGCCUGACGUCAUCCGGAUCUGGGACUCCCUCUUCGCUGAUGACAGCCGCUUUGACUUCCUCCUCCUGGUCUGCUGCGCCAUGCUCAUAUUGAUCCGGGAGCAGUUGCUGGAAGGGGAUUUCACUGUAAACAUGCGGCUCCUUCAGGAUUACCCCAUCACAGAUGUCUGCCAGAUCCUACAGAAAGCCAAGGAACUCCAAGACUCCAAGUAGCCUGGCGCAGAGGCCCAGGGAGAGAAGCCACCACCGGUCCCUGCGUCCUGGCUUCUGGAACACAGAAGCCUGUGGGAUCACAGCCGAGGGGAAGCUCCGUCCCCCGAGGCCACUCCCACUGGGGGCGCACUGUGCCAAGCUCCUUCCUGACCUCCAAGCCCUGGCUCCCUCUCUGCCCUGCCACCCUGGGACCCUUCCCCCAGGCAGCUGAGCAAGGCUGGAGCUCCUGAAGUUGUUGCCUGGGCCUGGGCAGAUGGGGGCGCUGGGCUGGCAGAGGUCCCUCCUGCCUCUGCUCUGCUGCUCCCUCCUGCUCUGGUCGGGGGAGGUGCUUGGCAGGUGAGCCAGAAACCACCUCUGGGUUGGUGCUUAGGCUUCUCCAUGGGCACAGUGACACUGUGAGGGCGCUAAGAAGCUGCCAGGCCCAGGCCACACCCUCUGCCCCUCUCACUGAGUGGGUGUGUCUGUGGGUCAGUCUCCUCUGCGUCUGUCAGUGUGGGUGUGAGCAGGGAGGGUCUUUGAAUCCCUCUAGGUCUUUGCUUCUCCUUCUGUCUCUCUGCCUGUCUCCUUCUCCCUCCACCUCUUUCACAGAGGCUUUGCUCCUCAACAUUGCUCUCCCUCUGCCCUCCUCUCUUGGGGUGCCUUAUCCCCAGCCUCUUCCCCUCACUCCUCCCCUCCACGCCUGUGAAACCCAGAGAUCGAAUGAGGAGUCUGGCUUAGCAAAGCCCCUGGAAGUCACCCUUGGUCUUUGCACCCUUUUCCCACCUCCAGCCCUAGACUCCCAGGUCCCUCAGACUGGGAGGGAGUCCGCAGUGCCUCACUAGAGGGCCCCGAACCUGCUCCCCCCACAAAUCUUGGAAACCAAAAGCUGCUGAGAAAUGGUGGCCCAUGAGGCUUUGAGCCUCCUACCCUCCUUUCUGCCCAGGGAUGGAGGAGGGAGAGCUGAGUCUUCCAGAGAUUUCCCCAAAGGAAAAGGACAUUAAGGCAGUGCUGUGCCAGGGUUUGGGAUCCAAGUGCUUCAGAAGAGUAGUCAUUUCCGCGGCUUUCCGGGCCCAUCCAGGGAGGGUGAGUCCCGUGAUUGGCCAGCGGGACCAAAGGAGCCUCCCUGGGCCGGCAGAGCUGAGCUCAGAGGCCCUGGAUCCUGUCAGGGCCAGGGGAGCCAAGCAAGCAGAAGGGGGUGCUGGUCACCCACUUGGGCUGGUCCCAGGAUUUGGGGCGGGUGCACUUAGAGCAGGAGCUAUUGGCUACUCCCACUGCUGGGCAGUGGGAAGAAAGGGCUUAUUCUGAUCAAGUCUCUCCCCUCCUUUUGUAAGGAGGCAGGUGGUUUGGGUCUGGACAGCUGGGUAAUGGAGCAAGGGUCUUCGUCCUCUCCUCAGACUGGUGGGCAGGUACCCGGGUGCCCCCAAAGCCUUCCUGCGUCUGGCAGCCAGGACUUCUGCUGCCCGCAUACGCCAGGCUGUGGGCCAGGCCCAGUCCCCCCAGGCAGCUCCUACUGCUUUGGAUGCUGCUGGGACUUUUUGCACUUGCCUGUUCGCCACCUCCUCUCAUAACACAGUUUUUGGGAGAUUUUUACUAUUUAUUCAAACUCUUGGAUAUUUAUUGCAGAUUGGCGAGUGCUUGGUUUGGGGGUGUGGGUGAAGGCAGAAAAGGAAUUAGAAGCAUGUUCUUUGGGCUUUCUGAGGUCAGACUCAGCAUCCUCUCCCCCUGCCUCUGGAACCUUCCUGGUUCCCCAGCACGUCCUGCUGGGAGUGCUCUGAGCUCUGUACUGGAACUGAGUGUAAGGAAGACUCCAAGACCCUGCACCGGACAGACACACUGCUUCCCACCAGCCUGGCCCACUUUCCCAGAACUUGUUGGCUUGUUCAGUUCCAACUGUGACUCCUUCAUAGCCUGAGAUGUGGGCCACCGCCUGGGACCCAGCAGACACUGCCCAGGGCACCUGAUGCGUUCCCUCUCGCCUGUCCCCUUGCCUUCCCUUCUGGGGCCACACUACUUGAAUCACUGCGUCUAAUUUGCCUCAGUGGCAGGCCUGAGGCCAGUGCCCUCUCCUUGACUUUGGGAUGAAGGUCAAGAGCACAGGGACCAUGUCCAGGUUUGGCUGAGGAAAGAACCUACCCUUGGUGAUUCCCUUUCUCUAAAUUCUCAAGGGAGGUUCCCAGCUUCCUGCUUGUGAAGCUGCCCGGGGAAUUUGGACACAUUACAGGUUGGGCUGUAUGAAUUCAUCAGGGCUCACUCACCCCAGAGGGUCAGAAAGUUAGUCUGCUUUUGUUUUGUUUGUGUUUUUUUUUUUUUUUUUAAGGAAAUCAGUUUUGUUUCUUGAAUCAAUGCUGUUGAUGAGAAGUUGUCUUUAAUAAAUCAUGUGUUCUUUGCAAAGGG